AUGGGAGGUAGUAAUUGCAAACCAUGCAGAAAAAAGAAAAAAAAUUUGCAAGGAGGAUCCAUCCUCGAUAGAGUCAUCAGUCAAUCUUCUAAUCAAGAUCAAUGUUUGUUAUAUAAGCUUGCAAAUUAUAAAAAAGGUGGAGAAUUGAUUGAAGCAUACAAUCAAGGAGGACAAGUUGAAGUUGAGAAAUUGAUCAGAGAACAGUUUGGUCAGUUGAUGUACCAAGAAGGAAAAAGUCAAAUAAUCAACCGAUCCGAGUACCUUCGAUGGAAGUUUAGGGACUACGAACAGGUUACAUUACCUAUUGAAGCUUCUUUAAGCAGAUAUGAUCCACUGGGCAAAUGGGAGGACCACGAAGCUUGUUGGCAGAUGCAGUAUCGAGGAUCACUUGGAGAAACUCUUCUUCAUGUCCUUAUUAUGUGUGAUACGAAGAUCCAUACUAGACUAGCUAGGACGUUAAUAAAGUGCUUCCCCAAAUUAGCCUUGGAUGUAGUGGAAGGAGAAGAAUAUUUAGGGGCUAGUGCUCUACAUUUGGCUAUAGCAUACAAUAAUAACGAAUUAGUUCAAGAUUUAGUCGAAGCUGGUGCGAAUGUUAAUCAAAGAGCUAUUGGCAGUUUUUUUCUUCCGAGGGACCAACAACGACCUAAACCAGCUAAACAUACUGAUUAUGAAGGUUUGGCAUAUUUGGGAGAAUAUCCUUUAGCAUGGGCAGCUUGUUGCGCAAAUGAGAGUGUUUAUAAUCUCUUACUUGAUAGUGGAGCUAACCCAGACUACCAAGAUAAUUUUGGUAAUAUGAUUUUACAUAUGGUUGUCGUCUGUGAUAAAUUGGAUAUGUUUGGUUAUGCUCUACGACAUCCCAAACUUCCAGCUAGUAAUGGUAUUGUUAAUAAAGCUGGUUUGACACCAUUGACGUUAGCUUGCAAAUUGGGUCGGGCUGAAGUAUUCAGAGAAAUGUUAGAGCUUUCUGCCAAAGAAUUUUGGCGAUACAGUAAUAUUACUUGCUCUGCAUAUACCCUUAAUGCUCUAGAUACUUUAUUACCUGACGGCAGCACAAAUUGGAAUUCCGCCUUAUUUAUUAUUUUGAAUGGAACCAAAGAAGCACAUUUGGACAUGUUAGAUGGUGGUAUUAUUCAACGAUUACUUGAGGAAAAAUGGAAGACUUUUGCAAGGAAUCAAUUUCUUAAAAGGCUUCUCAUUUUAGUAGUUCAUUUAAUUUUCUUGUCAUUGGCUGUGUAUAUGAGACCUGACGAUCCAGAUGUGCCUUUAUUAGAGUGGUCUGAUGAUCCAGCCACUAUUGCUAGAUAUUCUGCGGAAGUGGGAACAAUAUUAGGUGUCUUGAGCUACGUAAUUUUACAACAAGGAGAUGAAAUCAGAAAUCAAGGCAUUUGGGCUUUUCUGAAACAACAGUCCAACUCUCCUCCAAAAACGAUAUUUUUGAUAUCAAAUCUUCUUAUACUUUGCUGUAUUCCAUUUAGAUUAUCUGGAGAUAGAAAUACAGAAGAAGCUAUCUUAUUAUUUGCGGUACCCGGGUCUUGGUUCCUCUUGAUGUUUUUUGCUGGAGCAGUCCGUUUAACUGGUCCUUUCGUAACGAUGAUUUAUAGUAUGAUAACAGGAGAUAUGUUAACUUUCGGAAUUAUUUAUACAAUAGUUCUCUUUGGAUUUUCGCAAUCUUUUUUCUUCUUAUAUAAAGGAUUCCCUGGAGUCAAUUCCACAUUAUAUUAUAGUUAUCCUUCUACUUGGAUGGCUUUGUUCCAAAUUACUUUAGGAAAUUAUGAUUAUCAAGAGCUUGGAUCGACAACUUACCCUGGAGUAGCAAAAACUGUUUUUGCUCUAUUUAUGGUUUUUGUUCCUAUUUUACUAUUAAACAUGUUGAUAGCUAUGAUGGGAAAUACUUAUGCUCAUGUUAUUGAACAAAGUGAGAAGGAAUGGAUGAAACAGUGGGCAAAGAUAGUAAUUGCGUUGGAAAGAGCGAUACCUCAAGCUGAUGCUCAUCAUUAUUUACAAGAAUAUAGUAUAUCGCUUGGGGGAGGAGAUGACCCCAAUACCGAAUUGAGGGGAGUUAUGGUUAUAAAAUCUAAAAAUAAAACGCGAGCCAAACAAAGAAAAGGAGCUGUUGCAAACUGGAAGCGGGUCGGAAAAGUAACAAUAAACGCUUUGAAAAAAAAAGGAAUGACUGGUGAAGAAAUGAGAUGUCUAAUGUGGGGAAGAGAAUCCAUAAAUACCCCCAUUAAAACAAAAGGGAAAAAUAAUAAUCCUUAUGUUAUAAAUCCACAAGGACCAGAUUUAACAGGUGGUUUUGGUGAUGCAUUGUCGAGCGCUCUGGACGUAAUGGCAUUUACUCACGAAGUUGACAUAAAUGGAGCGGCGCAAGGUUUGAAUUUGGCAAGUGCUAAUAAGCCAUCGAUACCACCACCUAGUUACAACGAAAUAAAUUCAGAGAAAACUACGCCGAUUAAUAAUCGAACUAAUUCUAACAUGACGGCUUUAGACAAUAAAAAUACUUCAAAUCCAGGUAAGUUAGUGUGGUACAUGUCAAUGUUUGGCGCCUUCACUCAUCUCAGUGAAUCGCAGUCGUCUUCAGUAAACUCUAAUUUACUCCAACAAAUACCAAUAAAUAGUCCGAAAGUUGAAGAUCCAUUGAGAGAAUUAGUUUUGUGUGAAGAGAAAGAUGCUGAUCCAGAAAAAUUAAAAUUUUUGGCUUUAUCUGCUGCCAAUUUAGUAAAAGAAGAACCUUCUCCGAAGCAAUCCAGUCAGUCUACUAGUAUAAAUGUUAAAGCCUUAGCAGGAAUUUUUGUAGGCACAGAGACAUUGAUAAAAAAAGUUGAAGAAAAUCUAAAAAAGAAAUUUGCUGCUCUGGAUCCCAGCGACAGUGAAGGAUUUGGAGGUAAGAAAUAUUUCUCCAGUGAAACUUCAUCUUUAUUACUUCCUAAGGCUCCACUUCUAGGAAAAGUUUCCAGAACUAGGCGAUCACAAUCUGCUCAUUUGCGGAAUUCUUCAGCAAAAUCUAGAAAUUCCGAUAAAAGAAAACUGUUCUUGGACUCAGAUUCCAGCAUAUCAGAUACUACCGAGAUAAUAUCGACAAGAGAAAAUAAAGAGAAAAACUUUACUGAAGCAGCAGUAUUACAAUCAGGUCUUGAAGUACUUGAUGUUGCUAUGGGUGAACCUGAUUUAUCAAUAUCUUUCUCCGAAACAGUUACUAUUCAAGGUAUUGGUAGCGGUGUUGAAACGGAGUCUGGGAACGUAAAAAUCAGAACGAAAAAGAAGAAAAGACCUGCCACUGGAAAAACUAACAGGGUUGCGCCAGCUCUGGAUCAAAGAACAUGUAAAUCAGCUAAAACUACUAAUGGAGGUGAUGAUUCUGAUAAUAUAAGUUCUCCUGAUCCAUUAGAACCGUGGAGUACGAAAAGUAUCGCGAAUAUGAAUUCUAUUUUAGCGUGGCAGAAUGAAGAUGAUAGUUUAUGAAUUAUAUAUUUUUCUAUUAUUUGUAAAAUUAUAGUUUUGUCAAAUUUAAUAAAUCUCU